AUGUCAAAAGGUGGAAGUAAGUUGCAGGAAAAGAGAAGAGAUGACAACGAAGAGGACAACCACGAUGACCCUCAUUCAAAGAGGAAUAAGAAGGACCAGGCCUUCCAGGACCCUCGCGCUAUAGAGUUGUCAAACAGUGAUAAUGAAAGAAACCACAGCAGCAUCAAUAACCCAGUACGAGGAAGUGUACCAGAAAGCACCUUAAACCAAAACAUUGCUGAACAUUACUCCAAUAUCCCCAAUUCUAACAUGAGGCUUAUGCACUGUGCCAAGGCUAAGGUCCUCACUCCAACAUUAACAAGAUCUUGAACAAUGCCCAUUCCUACAGCCUUCAGCAGAGAAGACAAUCACCAAUGUAAUGACCUGGGCGCUUCUCCUCCCUUCUUUACAAAAAGCAAUGACAUUCACACAAAGCAGUCUUGGCUUUUGUCUGUAUUUUCAGUAAGUGUCAAUGGGCAUUUGUACUCUUUUGCUGUUUUCUCCACCACUGCGAUUUCAGAGGGUCUUUUGUGACAGUGUGAUAUGUUUUCUGUCAAGUCUGGUGUCCAAUUCAUGUUCAAAUAGCAGCAUGAGGAUUUCUCCUGAUACUGAAUGGCUUGUUUGUCCCUUUCAGGUUGGGUUCCAAGUCACUCAUUUAGGGUCUCCAUGUUAAAUGUCCCUUUACAAUGUGAUCCCUCCUUCUGAGAAGCUAAGUGACCCAUAAAGGAAUGUGUACUUUCCCUUAAAACAUGAAAGAACAAACAACAGCAGCGAAUAAGCCAACACCAAAGCAGCAAUGAGCAUUGAUUGGAGGGAGAAUGGGGCUUGUUCUUGUUCUGAAAUGAAUGGCAGGGCAGCUCCUCAGAAGGGAGAUUUUCUACAUAUAAUGGCGCAAAUGUCAGCCUCUGCAGUUGUGAAUGUGAAGCCUGGGUCUGUCAAUUGCACUCCACAUUCCAAGUGAGAAGGCUUCUUCUUUUAAUGCUCUGUUGU